GCGAGGAGCCGCAUUCCCGGGUUGUGCCUACGCAUGUGAUGAAAGUGUCAACUCUCAGGGAAAGCAUGACCAUGGCUUCCCCAUCGCCACGGGAGCUGGAGGAGGAGCUGAUGGCGGCAGGCUCGGAGCCAGGUGACCCUCAGGCCAAACCCCCUGUCAAGCCAAAACCUCGGGCCCUGCCUGCCAAGCCAGCCCUCCCUGCCAAGCCCAGCCUGCUGGUACCUGUUGGGCCUCGGCCCCCUCGGGGCCCCCUGGCUGAACUGCCUUCUGCCCGGAAGAUGAACAUGUUGGCGGGACCCCAACCCUAUGGGGGCAGCAAGCGCCCCCUACCCUUUGCAACGAGGUCAACCGCCGAGGCAGCUCCAGGAGGAGAAGCCCGAGACACUGGGAAGGAAGAGGCCGGGAAGGAAGAGCUUCCCCCAACGACACCCCCAGCCCGAUGUGCUGCCCCUGCAGGUGUGAGGAAGGCCCCUGCCCCUUUCCGGCCCACCUCAGAGCGCUUUGCAGCUGCCACGGUGGAGGAGAUACUGGCCAAGAUGGAGCAGCCCCGCAAGGAGGCCCCUGCUAGCCCUGACCGCCUCUGGGGCUCCCGCCUCACCUUCAACUACGAUGGCAGCUCCAGGUACGGCCCCAGGACCUGUAGCAUAAUCUCCAGUGCCAGCCUUGAGGACAGUGGGACCCUCUCCAAGACCUUGUCCCAGGAGGGGCCAACGGCAUCACCUGAGAGCCUGGAAGGCUACAGCAAGACCCCUGAGAAGAACCCUACUUCGGACCAGGCCUUCAAUGGGGACCUGGCUCAUCCGCAGGCCAGCCCAGACCCACCAUCCGAUAACUCCAUGCCCUGCGUCCCUUCCAGCCCCAGUCCUGCUGCAGAGAAUGGGGGCUCCCCCAGCCCAAAUUCACUGGAGGACAGAGCUUGCCACGAUGCUCAGCGCCCAGAACCCCAGAGUCCUGCCGCUUCCCCCCACCACCCCUCGACACCGGCAUCGCCAGCUGCAACCUUGACCCUCGGCUCUGCUAGCCCUGCCUUGGGGGACCCCAAACCCAGCAGCCCCUCACACGGAGAGGUUGAGGAGGUCACUGCAGAAGUCUCGGGACAAGAAAGCCCAGAAUUGCCCCCUGUUAACUCACCCCGGCCACUGAUGGAGGACGCUGAGGGGCUCCAUUUGACUCGGAUGCUUCCAUCGGGUGCCGAGGCCCCAGCAGGCGACCUGCGCCCCACCACCCUGGCCCAGCGGCGGUUUUCAGAAGGUGUGCUCCAGCCGCCUGCCCAGGACCCCGAGAAACUUGGGGGCUCUCUGGCGGCCCUGCCCCAGUCUCAGGGGAGUCAGCUGGCCUUGGAUCGCCCCUUUGGGAGCGGGACGGAGUCCAACUGGAGCCUGUCCCAGUCCUUUGAGUGGACCUUCCCCUCGAAGCCUUCAGGGCUGGGGGCCUGGCGGCUGGACUCUCCACCCCCCUCUCCCAUCACCGAGGCCACUGAGGCUGCUGAGGCCGCCGCCGAGGCAGCAGACUGGGCUGCAUCUCAGCAACGCUGCGGGACCCGAUCAGCUCCCGAAGGCUCAGGACAGCCUUGUUCUGGGGUGCAGGCCGAGGACAAGGGCUGUUCCCUCACCCAGAAAAGCCAUAGGGAGAGUCAGCCCCUGUCUCCAGCGGUUUCCCCAGGACCGGCCCUGCUGCAGGCAGAGGAGCGGUGCGAGCAGCGGGGCCCCGUGGCCGGACAGGAGUCCCCACUUCCCGAGGCCUCCAGGGAGGCUGCCUUGCCAGUCCUGGAGCCCCUCCUGGGGCAGCAGCAGCCAGCACCCUCUGACCAGCCCUGCGUGCUUUUCGCUGACACCCCUAAACCCGGCCUGGCGUUGCCUGCUGAGGAAGAACCCGUGGCCCUAGUCCAGGCCAAGACCAACCAACCCGGGAUGGAGCCUCCUGACAGUUCUCGGGUAUCCCCUGAGCCCGCAGGCCCUGCCAAUGGCUCCCGUUGGCUGGAUGACCUCCUGGCCUCACCGCCACCCCUGAGCACUGAUGGUGCACGCCAGGCAGCUGGACCCAAACCAGAGGACCUGCGAACGCCUGACCACUGCUCCGAGGGACUCCUCGGCUGGUCCCGGAAAGAUCUGCAGAAGGAAUUUGGGAUUGCGACAGACACCCCUCCCCGAAGCGUGAGUCCUCCCAGCUGGGCACAGGACACUUCUCAGGACUAUGACCUUAGGGCUUCGAGCCCUCCUGGAGACCCAGGCUUGACAGAGAGAGACUGGUCUAGCCCAUGUAGGCCAGGAAUUGGGGAGGGAAGUACCACUAGGGACUGGGCCAGUGGACGUGGCAUCAGCCAGGAGGAGCCAGAGGUGGACCACGGCCUGGGCGAUGGGUUCGGAGUGUCUGAGCUUGGGGGGCUCGCCACCCAGGACCAAGCAGUGAGGACACCAGCCCUGCAGAGUCAGGAGGCCGCGUUACAGCAGGAUUGGGAGUUCACUAAGAGGGGCACCCAGGCCGCUUUCUCUAGUCGUAAUACGGAGCACCACAACGAGGAAUUUGGGAAGAGAGACUCGACGGGCACCUACAGCAGUCGGGACACGAGCUUCCAGGACUGGGAGUUUGAGAAGAAAGAGCCUCUGGGGGUGUAUGGUAGCACAGAUGCUGGCCAGCAGAGCCCGGAGCAUGGCAGAGAUGACCAUCAGGGCAGGUAUAGCAGCCAGGAGGCCAGAGAGCAAGACUGGGAGUUUGGCAAGAGGGAGCCCUCCCUGGGCCCUGAAGGCAGCCUGGGGCCAGAUCAGCCGGACCCAGACUUCGGGAACAACGCCUGGAUGGGGGAUUAUGGUGGCGGCGGCAGCAGCAGCACAGGGGCCCUGGGUUCCCAGGAACGAAACUUCGGGUUUCGAGCCCUGAGCGCUGGCUUCAGUCCUGAAGAUGCCCAGCAGCAGGAUGAAGAGUUCGAGAAGAAGGGCCCAAGUGGGGCAGACAGCCCUAGCCAAGCUCCCCACAGGCAGGCUAGCCAGGCUGGGGAAACUGAGGCAGGGGGCUUAUUCAGCUCAAGCAACCCACCUUCUCAGGCUGGGACCUCGGGACAGAGAGAGCAGAGCAGCUGGCAGGGCAGUGGCACCAGCCUGGACGGGGGUGGGUGGCAGGGCCAGGUGGGGCUAGGGUCCCAGAGCCCUAGCCAGGCUGAGCAGGAAGUUGGGGAGAUGGGAACACGGGGCUGGGCCAGUGACUUCCGCCACAGUGUCACCUCCCAGUCCGAGGCAGUGUUCCGGCCAGGACAGCAGGCCUGGAGUGGCGAGUUCAGCUUGGAGUCCCCCGGGACGGCUGCUGAAAGGAGCCAUCACUUUGGUAUAAUCGGCAAUGACCGGGCAAGUGGGGCAGGCCCAAGCCCAUCUGACGAGAUGGGGGGCAGCCCCUUCGCAUCCCCCGAAAAACCCUCGGCAGGACCUGUGGACUGGACUGACCAGCUGGGCCUCAGAAACUUGGAAGUACCGAGCUGUGUGGUUUCUGGGGGUUCUCACCAGGCCAGGGAGGACGCUGCGGGACCAGUGGGUUGGUCAGACACACUGGGUCUGACCAGUCAGCUGGGGUCAGGGGGGCCUGAGGAGGAGCCCCGUGGAGUGGGCGUUGGGGAGAAGGACUGGACUUGCAGUGUGGGGGGAAGGGGCCUAGAGUUGCAGGGGGUAGAAGAGAUAGAGGUGCACAGCCAGGUCAGAGAGAGUGGUGUGGGGCAAACUGGCUGGUCAGGGGUGGAGGCCGGGGAGUUCCUGAAAUCAAGAGAGCGUGGAGUGGGCCAGGCAGAUUGGACGCCCAGCUUGGGCCUGAGUGACCUGAGCCCCAGGCCCCGGGAGAGCGGGGCCGGCCAGGUAGACUGGAGCGACAAUCUGGGCCUGCGGAAUUUGGAGGUGCCCUGUCACCCCGACUCUGAAGGUUCUCAGGCGCCUCGGGGGUGUGGCGUGGGACAGAUGGACUGGACACAAGACUUGGAGCCCCAGCACAUGGAAAUUUCUGGAGCCCCCAGUGAAACCAGGGAGCACGGGGUGGGAGAGGUCAGCCAACCCAUUGAGCCAGCCCUCAGGAGCAACGGAGCCCUGUCCCCUGACCCAGAGACCAGAGACCCCUUGGAAGCCAGAGAGCUGGGGGUUGGGGAGACCUGUGGAGCAGAAACCCAGGGACGAGAAGACCCCUUGCCCGGCCUGGAGACCCAGCUUGAAGACUCGACAUUGGAGACAGGAAAUGCCUCCAGUUUGGGAACCAGUCCAGGUGCCCGCUCACCACCAUCAGGCUCCCAGGAUCUGCUGGAGGAGAUGCUGGCGGCCAGCAGAGAGGCCGCAGCCUCACGUCUCCAGGGCCUGUCAGAGGAGGCAGGUGCCAAGGAGGAUUCUGCCCCAGCAGAGUCCCCUCUGCCCUCCUGGAGACCCCAGCCCGACGGGGAGGCCAGCCGGACAGAAGAAGUGGACGGCACCUGGGGCCCCUCCAGGGCCGAGCUGGAUCAGCAAGGACCCACGCAGCCCCCUCGACGGUCCCUGCAGGGCCCACCCCCCAGCUCCUUGAGCCAGGACUUUGACUUCAUCGAGGACACCGAGAUCCUCGACAGUGCCAUGUACCGGAGUCGUGCCAGCCUGGGACGCAAGCGUGGGCACCGGGCCCCCGCCAUCCGGCCAGGGGGCACCCUGGGGCUGUCAGAAGCAGCAGACUCAGACGCACGUCUGUUCCGGGACUCCACGGGCGCAGACCCCACAGAACCACGGGCUUCUCGGGUGCCAUCUUCCGACGAGGAGGUGGUGGAGGAGCCUCAGAACCGCCGGACCCGCAUGUCCUUGGGCACCAAGGGGCUGAAAGUCAACCUCUUUCCUGGCCUGAGCCCCUCAGCCCUGAAGGCCAAGCUGCGCCCACGGAAUCGUUCGGCCGAGGAGGGGGAGCCAGUGGAGAGCAAACCCCACCAGAAGGAGUCGGCGGUGCAGCGUUCCAAAUCCUGCAAGGUCCCGGGGCUGGGAAAGCCUCUCGCCUUACCCCCCAAGCCAGAAAAAUCCUCAGGGUCAGAAAGCUCAUCACCCAAUUGGCUGCAAGCCCUGAAGCUAAAGAAGAAGAAGGUCUAAAGGGUCACUAAG